UAGUGUGCUGGGGCUCCCAGUUCCUCCCUAUGGCUGGCCACGGCCAGCUCCUCCCUCUGCUGCAGCCUACAACUGCCUCGAGCUCCCUUUGCCCGGUGCUGCCUUGGCCCUGGCUUGGUGUGAGCUGGUCAGCUGCGGGCACCAGCCCCUCCCGGUGCUAGUGUGUGAAGUGGGCUGGGAGGGGGCACAGACCCAGUGGGAUUGCACAUGUCACGCCUCAACCAUGGCGUCUGGUCUUGCUCUGAAAGCUCCUGGCACUGAUUCAGGGUGGGGGCGGUGGGGGGCUGCCCUGACUCUGCCUGGAUUAGCCAGGGAGGGGCUCUAUGCCUGGAGCAAACUCACCCCCCGCACUCUGCCCAUCAGGCGUGCCUGAUACCCUGCUAUAUUUGACCCACAUAUCACCAAGUGUGUGUGUCAUGGAGGGGGGGGGGGGCGCUCUGACUGCCCUGGCCGGGGGAGCAUGUUAAGGGGCCAUCUUAGAUCAUUGCCAACUGUGAGGCACAAAGCGCAGGCUAGGGGCGAGCCUUGAGCUGGGCCCAAAGUGCCAGCACACACACCCCCCAGCCCAGCCACCUGUGGGCACCCUGCCCUGGGUCUUGAAGCAAGCGCUGAGCAUGCCCUCAGCUGGGCGACCUGACCCGAGCUAAUGAGCCCCAACCCUGCACCCACCAUCCCAGCACUCUCGGGGAGGCUGCUGCGUCACGCCACUGUCCCAGCACCAGCCCCCAGCAGCCCCAUCUCCUCUCUUGCAGCCAUGAAGGGGAAGCUGUGCCUGUGUCUUCUGCUCACCGUCCUUGCGACCCACUGCCUCGCCAGGCCAGACACCCGCCAGCUGGGCAGCGCGCCGGGCCCUGAGGAGCUGCCACCGGGCAGCGGCGGGACUGACCCUGUCCCUGUCCGGAGAGACUUGCUUGGGGCCUUGUCUCAGGACCAGAAGCACCUCAUGGCCAAAUUCCUGCCCCACAUCUACGCAGAGCUGGCAAACCGGGAGGGCCACUGGCAUGAGGACGACGCCCUGGGCCCCCUGCACGACCGCGAUUAUCCCGGCUGGAUGGACUUCGGGCGCAGGAGCCUGCCCGCUUCCAACGAGGCUGCCUAGAGGAGCAGCAUCCUGGGCACCCUGCUGGAGGGGGCGGGGCCAACACGGCAGGCUCCGCCCUCUGUCACAGAGUUUUAAGCAUCUCACACUUGAUCUUAUCUUCAAAGCCUUUUGCUGCUGCUCCCCAAUAAAAUCUGCUCCGUGUAGC